AUGUCCUCCAAGCCCAAGGGGACCCCCUCCUCGUCCUCUCUCGCCGCCGAGGGGCCGCCGGCGGGCUCCAAGACCAAGGUGAAGGAACAGAUCAAGAUCAUCGUGGAGGACCUGGAACUGGUCCUGGGCGACCUGAAGGACGUGGCCAAGGAACUCAAGGAGGUGGUUGACCAGAUUGAUACCCUGACCUCGGACCUACAGCUGGAGGAUGAGAUGACUGACAGCUCCAAAACGGACACCCUGAAUAGCAGCUCCAGUAGCACGACAGCCUCCAGCAUAGAGAAGAUCAAAGAGCAGGCCAACGCCCCUCUCAUCAAACCCCCAGCACACCCCUCCGCUAUCCUCACGGUCCUGAGAAAGCCAAACCCUCCACCGCCUCCACCGCGGCUGACACCCGUGAAGAGUGAAGACCCGCAAAGGGUGGCGCCGCCCGCUGUCAAUCCUGUCAAGACCAACGGCACCCUCCUGCGGAAUGGUGGCUUGCCAGGAGCACCGAACAAAAUCCCCAAUGGAGACAUCUGCUGCACACCCGGCAGCAACCAGGACAAGGCGUCCGUGCAGCCUCUGAUGCAUAGACCUGAAAAAGACAGGUGUCCCCAGGCAGGGCCUCCUCGGGAAAGGGUCCGGUUUAAUGAGAAAGUGCAGUACCAUGGCUACUGUCCUGACUGCGAGACCCGGUACAACAUGAAAAACCGGGAGGUGCAUUUGCACAGUGAGCCCGUCCAGCCGCCGGGGAAGCUUCCUCACCCAGGCCCUCCCCGCCCUCCUCCGCCGCAUCUCCCUCCGUUUCCACUUGAAAAUGGGGGGUCGGGAAUAAGCCACAGUAACAGCUUCCCCCCUCUCAGACCUGCAACUGUGCCUCCUCCCACUGCACCAAAACCACAGAAGACGAUCUUGAGGAAGUCAACCACUACAACAGUGUGA